UCAGCUAGCCUGAUGCUAGUCAGUGUUGCGAGCAGCUAGCGUGUGUGUAAAUGGUUGAGCUCCUCUCAUGGUGUCAGUGUGCUCGUCCUUCUCUACUGUAGUGUCUGCUGUGGAUGUAAGACAUGCAGGACAGGUACAGUGAGGUCGGGUUCGUCCAGCAGAUACUCGGCUUGAAUUUAGUGCCGAGAAAGAACGGCACACACCGAGGCAACGACACCUCGCUCAGCGACUUCUCAGAGAUGUGGUAUGGAGUGUUUCUGUGGGCGGCUGUCUCCUCUCUGGUCUUCCACCUGCCUGCUGCCCUGCUGUCCCUUGCCACGCUGAGACAGCACAAGAUGGCCAGAUUCAUGCCCAUAGCCAUCCUCCUCAUGGGCAUCGUGGGGCCGGUAUGUGGAGGAGUCCUCACCAGUGCAGCCAUAGCCGGCGUGUACAAAGCAGCGGGGAAGAGGAUGAUCUCUCUGGAGGCUCUGGUCUUCGGCGUGGGACAGUCCUUCUGCGUCCUCAUCAUCUCCUUCCUCAGGAUACUAGCCACCCUCUAGCAGUGCUGAGGCCCGCCUGGCUGGAGACCCCACCCCGGUCACAGCCUCUACUGACGGGACCUGAAUUUAACACUUGACCUUUUUUUGGCAAACCCCCGGGACACACGGCGACCAAUCAGG